CUUUGCAGUGACAUUUCAGGAUGCGCUAUAACUUUCACAGGUGAACCUAAUUUGACCAACUUUAAGCUUUUAAAUUGAAUGUCUCUUAAAAGUCUCUUGAUCAGAAAAGUAGCUCAAUAUCGCGACCAAAUGGCUAAGUGAUCAACAGUGCUUUUAAAAACUAUCUCCUUUCGGUCAUGUUUUUAGGUGAAGGAGCGCACACCACCAGCAACAAUAGAGAAACGAUCUGUUCAAUUUUGUAGAAGUUGUUUUAGUUCCUUUCAGUUAAACAGUUUAUGAAUAUCUAAACACAGCAGUUCUGUUGAUCGGUAUUAGGAUUGUGAAGGGGAGUGAGGGAAAAACAAAGGGAUCCCUAAAAUGGAAAAAUUUGAAAACCCCUAUAGUAUGAUGUGUACACAAACGCACGGCAUGAUGUGGCUGAUAGAUGAAGAAUCAACUCCGCUUGGUUACAGUGACUAAGGGGAUGAAGAUAGGUAGGUUGGUAAAGAUGUUGGGAUGUGGCAUGUAAUAAAUAUACUGUAGUGUAAUUAUUAGACUUUGCGCUGAUUUGAAAGGCCUUAUAAGAUUGGCCGAUAAUUAGCAUUUUUUUUGCUGAUCCGUUUUGAUGUCAUAAUUUGCCAGUCCGAUCAAUGCACCACGUCGCUGUCAUGCUCAGUAUACCAGUUUAUUUUUAUAUAUUAGUAUUUCUAGAUAUUUUUGUUUCUUUUGACGCACUACUGUAAAUAUCUGAUGGCCAAUAAAGUUAUUUAAAAAUCCUAAAUACAAAGUGAUAAACAAACGUGUCCCAACUCUGUCCACCUGGUGUGACUGAGCAGAGAUACUUGAACAACAACUUUUGAUAAUGGCUUGGGAGAAAACAUUUAAUGAAAGUCUACGAGUGUCCUAACACAUACACGUGUGUGUUAUUGACUGAAAAAUGUUCCGUACAUGACGUGGAUUUGAAUAUUAUAAGGCACAUAUCUGAUUGUAAUUUGUAUAUUGUACACUUGAGAGGUAAAAUAUCACCAAAAGUGAAAGUAUUUGAGUGAAAUUCAUGUUAAUACCUAAUGUGAGGUUGAUCUUUCUUUUGUUUGUGCCAAACAUAAUUUAAUGUGAAAUCUAAAGCAAUACAGGCCAUGCGUUUUAGCAUAAGCAUGCUUUGUCAGUCCGGUUCCAGCUGUGGCUGCACGUAAACUUUCAAUACACUUCAUGUGUCUUUGGGACCCCGCAAAAAGGCUACGUAUCCUUCGUUGAUGACUAUCUGCAAAGUCCAUAGGGCAACACGACUUACAAUUUAUUAAUCAAUAGAAAUAAGCGUGAACAACCAAAUACGCACUUGUGGUCGGUUCUCGAAUUCUAUUGGCUACCUGCCUACCCAGACACCACGUGACUCUUUGGGACAACACGGCGAAAGUUACCAUAGUGUAUGAAACUGGACAAAGAUACAAAUAACUCUCAGCCAUCACAGUGAGCCACUAUAGUGAAGAAUGAACGUGAGGUAUCAAUGCGUGUACUGGAGAAUAAUAAUGACCUUAAUUACUGGCUUUACUUAAAGAGGAACAGUAAUUCAAAGAGUGAAUCAAACUGGCAGCCAAUCAACGAGUUCCGACAGGCAACCAAAUUCCACUCGUAGAUUCCCGCCCUCGAAACAAAAUGUACACUCUUGAUUGGAUUAAAUCGUUUUCGGGAAAACCCCGACGCACACGAUUGGCCGGAGAGACUGACGCUCACGUGACAAGUUCAAUCCCAGAUCGCGCUUUCCGCCCUCAGGGGGGAAAACACUUGAGUAGAACUGACGCGAGGCAUUGUCGGCAAAGCGAACAAACACGGAGCGAAUUAAACGACUCCGCGGUGUUGCGGGUGCUGAAUCCCAGAUGCCAGAAUGGACUCACUGGCUGGCACACCUCCACCUCCACCUCCUCUUCCUUCACGUCCUCAUCCUCCUGCUCCUCGCCCCGAGUGCAGCAGCCGCGUUUUGGAACUUAUGAAGAAAUGGCGCAACUUCUCAAAUGGAUUCACGUGUUGUGGAAUAUGCUGAAGGGUUCGGGUUAGGUUUCCCUGGCCGAUGAAGCGUGACUCGUCUUCCUGCCUGCAUCUGUACGAGUGCCAAAGCUGUGAUGUGAUACAACAUGUAAAGAAGAAAAAAAAAAGUGUUACCCGGACUUCACUUUGGACUUUCUAACCUGAAGCGUGACCAAAGCGGGAGCGGCGUUCUUCUAUUCAUUCUCACAUAGAAAAUGACUUGUUGGCUCUUCCGAUUGGCUGCGCUCUCGAUUUGCGUCCUCUGCAUCCUCUGCACUGCUGCGCCCAGGACCGGUACUGAAGGGGAGGCGCGCACCCCGUCCCGGGAUAGCUGCGCGUCUUGCGGCGUCGCUCAGGCCGAGGAGGACGCCGAACCCAGCCGGCUGGACGCGGACCUGCUGGAGGCGGUCAAGAGGCACAUCCUGAGCAGACUGCAGAUGAGGAAGCGGCCCAACAUCACACACCCGGUGCCGAAGGCCGCUAUGGUGACGGCGUUGCGGAAGCUCCACGCCGGGAAGCUUCGAGAGGACGGCAGGGUGGAGAUCCCUAACUUGGACGGGCACCCGAUGAGCAACGACGUCCUGGAGGAGAGCUCGGAGAUCAUCAGCUUUGCGGAAAAAGAUGACCUGGUGAUGUCCAAGUCUAGUUUGUUCUUCCUGAUCUCCGGCGAGGGCAACCCGAACUUGGAUGUGACGCAGGCCACCCUCUGGCUCUACUUCAAGUUGCUGCCUCCCCCCGCUGACCUGCGGACACGACGGAAGGUGACAGUGAAGGUGUACUACCAGGAACCGGGCCUGAGCAGCAAGUGGGACCUGGUGGAGAAAUGUGUGGAGCUGAAACGGAGCGGGUGGCACACCUUCACGCUGACCCACGCCGUGCGCUCGGUGUUUGAGCAGGGCGACCGGCGCCAGAACCUGGACGUGCGCUGCGAGGGCUGCGAGGUGGCGGGGGUGGCGCCCGUCCUCCUCAACCGCAACGAUGAGUCGCACCGGCCUUUUUUGGUGGUGCAGGCCCGGCAGGUGGACCCCAAGCAUAGGAUUCGGAAACGAGGACUGGAAUGUGACGGGAGCGCGAAUCUGUGCUGCCGCCAGCAGUUCUACAUCGACUUCCGGCUCAUAGGCUGGAACGACUGGAUCAUAGCACCGUCCGGCUACUUCGGGAACUACUGUGAAGGGAAGUGUCCCGCUUAUAUGGCAGGAGUCCCCGGGUCAGCGUCGUCUUUCCACACCGCUGUCGUGAACCAGUAUCGCAUGCGGGGGAUGAGUCCGGGCUCCAUGAACUCCUGUUGCAUCCCGACCAGGUUGAGCACCAUGUCCAUGCUCUACUUUGAUGACGAGUACAACAUUGUGAAGCGAGACGUGCCCAACAUGAUUGUGGAGGAGUGUGGCUGCGCUUAACCUCUUCUGAGCGUGGCCGUGUCAGUCCCCACUGAAUCAGAACCAGGUGGACCACGUAGAAAAGUGCAAGACCUCCCGUGUGCUUGCAUAUAAGCUCAUGUUGUACAUAUAUUUAUGUUUGUUGCUGUACAGUGAUACCUUGACUUACAAGUGCCCCGAUUUAGUUUUUUUUUUUUUCAAGUUAAGACCUGUCGCUUGGUUGAUUGUCUUGCUUCGUUUACAAGGCAAAAUUUGAAUUCUGAGCAAGCUUUAGAUCCAUCACCAUGCGAGUAAAAAAAAAAAAAAAAGACCAAAA